AUGUAUGAUUCCUCUAGCUCUGAAUCAUGCAACCCUAACAGGGAAGAUCCUGUGGCUGACUCUGCGAAUACCUCACAUGCAAGAAGACCUAAAGAAACUGUCUCAGGAUUCUCCUCAGCAAUCGCGCUUGAUGAACAAACCAGAGAAGGCUCCAGUGUGAACAAGUGGAAAUAUGUUUAUCAUAAGAGGCUGGCUUUGGAAAGGGAAUUGGCUCAGAAUGUCCUGGAAUGUAAGGAGAUUGUAGACCUUAUUCAAGAGGCAGGGUUAAUGAAGACUGUGACUCAGUUCUCAAAGUGCUAUGAGAUAUUAGUAGAGGAAUUUAUUGUCAAUGUGUCUGAAGAAUAUGCUGAUGGAAAGUCUAGGGAAUUCAGAAAAGUAUAUGUGCGAGGCAAGUGUAUAAACUUCUCUCCCUCAGUAAUCAACAUGUAUUUGGGAAGGCCUGAUGUAGCUCAACCUGAGCUUGAGGUGAAUGACAAUAAAAUAUGUCAAGUCAUCACUGCUAAUCAAGUCAGGAAGUGGCCUCUCAAAGGUAAGUUGGUGGCCAGCAAACUAAGUGUCAAGUAUGCUAUGCUGCACAAAAUUGGAGCUGCUAAUUGGGUGCCCACCAAUCACAAAUCUACAGUGGUUGUAAUGCUUGGAAAGUUCAUAUAUGAUGUUGGAACCAAAGCCAAUUUUGACUAUGGAUCCUAUAUUUUUGAUCAAACCAUGAAGCAUGCAGGAAGCUUCAGUGUGAAGGGGCCUAUAGCCUUUCCUUCCCUCAUAUGUGGUAUUGUGUUGAAUCAAUUUCCAAACAUAUUAACAGAGAAUGAUUCUGUGAAGAGAAGAGACAGCCCUUUGGCCUUCAAUCAUAAACUGUUCCUAGGUACGCAUGUUCCUGACAUUGCCAUGGCAACAAGAGAGACAUCAAGUGUUUGCAAUCAACCAGGUAAAGCUACUGUCAUUGAAAUACUCAAAGAAACGUGCAAGGAGUUAGAGGCAAGGAAGCUCACUUUGGAAAAUUUGAUUAUCAAGUUGGAGAUGAAUGAAGGUGAUGUGCUUGGUGAAGCUGCUGAUGCUGCAGAAGGAGCUGCAAGACAAAGUGCAGAGGGAGAAGAGGAUGCUAGUCCUGAUGAUGGCACUGAUGUUGAUGCUGACUCUGAGUCAGAUGAAUAG